CUCUUUCCAUCUUCCCUAGCGAGGAGAGAGAGAGAGAGAGAGAGAGACGGAGAGAUUUAUUCAAGAGAAGCGUAUUAUUUUGAGACAACUGCCACCAAUUUACAGAGAGGCUUUCCUUCCUUCCUUUUCUUCUCUCUUUCCUCUUUUCACUUACUUCUGUGGAUUGGAUUCUCAAGGGAUCAAAAGGGCCCUUUUUGAUUUUGCUCCUUCUCUGUUUUCGAUCUGAGGGUUUCUCUCUCGACUAUUUCGCCGUGCGGCUCGCUGUGGAGGGAGAUCGGCAGAAGCGGAGGCCAAUUGGGGGGAAAGGGCAAGCCGUAGCUAGAAAUCUGGGUCUUGGGUUUGGAGAGAAAACGGCUGAAUUUGGCGGUGGGGGGUGAAAGCAGCGGAGAUCGAGGAGGAGGGAAGGAGGAGCCAGAGAGCUGCUGGCUUCUAUUUGCUGUCGUGUUGGGAGUGGGAAGUUGAUCGCUUUACUCUGAUUUGGUUUGUGGGUUCUGAUAAUCCAUUUGUUUUUUGGUUUGGGGUGAGAAAGAGAGAAAGAUGUGGUGGAUGAUGGGUGAGAAUGGCGGCCAUUACUGCUCGAAGAAGACAGAUGAUAUAUGUGGUGAUGUUUGUGGUCAGGACUCUGGCAGGGUCUUGAGCAUGUCAAGGAUCAAGUGCAUCCUUCGCGGUGUGGAUUUGAGGACGAUUUUGUUCCUCUUCAUCCUUGUGCCUACAUGUGUAUAUGGGAUUUAUUUACAUGGGCAAAAGAUCUCAUACUUCUUGCGGCCACUAUGGGAAUCACCACCGAAAGGCUUCAAUGAAAUUCCGCAUUACUACAAUGAGAAUGUAACAAUGGAGAACCUGUGCAAGCUCCACGGCUGGCGGAUUAGGGAGUUCCCAAGGCGUGUCUAUGAUGCAGUUUUGUUUAGUAAUGAGAUGGAUAUCUUAACACUUCGGUGGAAGGAAUUGUACCCCUACAUAACUCAGUUCAUUCUUCUGGAGUCUAAUUCUACAUUCACCGGGACCGAGAAACUCCUCUAUUUCGCCAACCAUCGGGACCAGUUCAAAUUUGUCGAGCCAAGGUUGACUUAUGGAAAUAUUGGUGGCAGGUUCAAGAAGGGAGAGAAUCCCUUCAUCGAGGAAGCAUAUCAGCGAGUCGCGUUGGACCAACUUAUUAAGGUUGCAGGCAUUUCAGAUGAUGACUUGUUGAUAAUGUCGGAUGUCGAUGAGAUUCCAAGCAAGCAUACUAUAAAUCUCUUGAGAUGGUGUGAUGACAUACCUCAAGUCCUCCACCUACGGUUGAGAAAUUAUCUAUAUUCGUUCGAGUUUUUUGUGGACGACAGCAGCUGGAGAGCUUCUGUCCACAGGUAUAAGAUGGGGAAGACAAGGUAUGCACACUAUCGCCAGUCGGAUGACAUAUUGGCCGAAGCCGGGUGGCAUUGCAGUUUUUGUUUUCGGCGUGUGAGCGAGUUCAUCUUUAAGAUGAAGGCUUACAGUCAUUUUGACAGAGUGAGGUUCAAACGUUAUUUGGACCCUGAAAGAAUCCAGAAGGUGAUAUGCAAAGGUGCGGACUUAUUUGAUAUGCUACCUGAGGAGUAUACCUUCAAGGAAAUCAUUGGGAAAAUGGGUCCUGUUCCUCAUUCUUAUUCGGCAGUUCACCUUCCUUCUUACCUUUUGGAGAAUGCUGAUGAGUACAAGUUUCUCUUGCCCGGUCAUUGCAUGAGAGAAAGUGGGUGAUUCUGGUUUUCAAUUAUCCCGACAUUUUGUUGCUGUAAAGUUGAGUUGGAUGUCGAGGAUUCCAGCUCAUAUGUUUGAGAACCGAUGGAUUUGUCGCUAUUACCGCCAUGCUGCAAUUUAGAUAUCCCCAUCUUGAGGUGUUUGGAUUGCUUGCGGCAGAUUUGUGAAUGAUCAAACAUUAUGUAUAUAGCCUUUCUUCCGGGUUUGAGCUUGAUGACAGGAGGUGGUGAGUGGAGUUUGACCAAGGCACAAGAAACUUGCUGCGAUGCGAACAGUCUGCUAUAAUGUUGUUUACAAAUACCCUUGUGCCUGUGUAGUUAUUAGAAUUUAUAUGAAACAUGGAUUCUCCAAGGAAUGCUGGAAACAAUUCGUUGUGAGGGUUUCACUUGAUGAUGUCCGCUUCAUGGAGGGGGGAAAUUUUGUGUUGGAAACAUUUAUUUGAUGAUGUGUCAUUAACUCUUUGAUUCAUGAUUAUAUCCGGAUUUUUGUUUAGAUCUCUAAUUGUGUCGAGAGUACGGACUCCCACUCUUCCAUACCUGUUUCCCUAAGUUACAGACUUACAAUUACAGUGGUCUAAUUACUAGGUGGCCAAGCAAGCAUCUGCGAAAUUUCGCAAUUGUUUUUUCCUCCUAUUUGAGAAAGAUCAAACAUCAAUGAACCGAACGUGGUGGCAAGAUCUUGCUAAGAUUCCAUCACUGUACAGACUUUCUUAUUGUUGCGGGAGGGAGGUUACAAGGCAGGCUUCUGCCUUAUUGUAUGGAGUUUUUAUGGUAAGACAUACAUAUAGUCUGUAAGAUUCCAUGCGGCCCCAAUAUAAUAUUCAGGGACAA